AUGCUCAUCGGUGUCUGUGGAAGUAUCUGCUCUGGCAAAAAGACGGUGGCCCAAUAUCUGGUUGAGCACCAUGGCUUCAAACACCUCUAUCUGCAGCCAUCAUCGCAGACAGCGCCUUCCAAUUCCUCGCUUGAUGGGGAAUCAGCUUAUUCUGAGAGUCAAAGCACGGAAUCUCAGUCGCAGUCCCAAUCAAACGACUCGACGGCCUUCAAAGGCGCUCUAACUGCCACUGCGCUCACCACCAAUAAUGGCCACAAGUCAUCCUCUGAAACCACACUGACCCUUCGGGCUGGUUCGCAGUAUGUCUUUUCUACGCCCGAGGAGCUUCUCGACUUUGUUACAAAGCAAUGGCGCAGCCGCUAUGUCACCACCGACAUCCCCACAGAGGAUGUCCUAGAUGUUUUCCUUCGCCGGCCCUUCUUCCUGCUCCUCUCGGUUGAUGCACCAUUGACGGUCCGCUGGCGCCGGUUUCAAGAGCGCGCAAGACAGAGGCAUGCGGGAGGGCCUGACAUGAGUCUAGAAGACUUUGUCGCGGAGAGCGAUACCCACUUGUACGAUGCUCAGAAGGGCUUGUCUCCCCUUAUCUCGCGUGCCGUCGUGAGACUUCUUAACACCUCGUCGUCCCUAGCCCACCUCUACGCGACCCUUGGAAAGCUAGAUAUUCCAAACCCUGAUCGCCUACGCCCGGGCUGGGAUCUCUACUUUAUGGAAUUGGCGUCACUGGCUGCUCAGCGCUCUAACUGCAUGAAGCGUAGAGUUGGAUGCGUGCUCGUAGGUAAAGAGCGCAGGGUCAUCAGCACUGGUUAUAACGGAACUCCACGGGGACUACAGAACUGUGCUGACGGAGGGUGCCCUCGAUGCAAUGAUGGCAACAGCUCAGGAGUGGGCUUGUCGACUUGUCUAUGCAUUCAUGCCGAGGAAAACGCCCUGUUGGAAGCUGGCCGGGAGAGGAUACGCGAGGGCUCUAUUCUUUACUGCGACACGUGUCCCUGCCUUACGUGCAGUAUCAAGAUUUGUCAAGUGGGCAUUAGUGAGGUUGUCUACGCCCACACAUACAGCAUGGAUAACGAUACAGCCCGAGUGUUCAGGGAGGCAGGCGUAAAGCUGAGACAGUUCAUACCACCGCCAAAUGGCCUGAUUCAUCUCGAGAAGAUGGAACUUUACUAG